GGAUAAGUUUAUGCCAGGCUCUGCAGCGCUCUGGCAGUCAGCGACGGGACGUUUGAGCGUCCAGAAAGCGCGCGGAUAUAAUGUUCGCGCUCAAUUUUGAUUUGUCCUAUAAUACCUGAUCCUUACCUGAAAUUUAUCCCUCCAUUAUAUAAAAGAAAAUACAUUAUUUGGUUUUGUUUUGAGGUUUUCUAAAGUAAGUCUUGAUGAAAAUUGCUUUCUAAAAAUAGAAAGCACUCAAUUUUUAAAGGCUCUAGAAAAGUUUCUUUUCAAAACGAGGUCACGCUAAUUUUUCUUAAGAAUAAGUGCAACUUUCCACAUAAAAUCCAUUCAAUAAUGUCCGGUUAUUUUGACGAUGAAAACGAAAUUUGUUCGAUCGGAAUGACCAUGCAAACGUCCGACAGUGUGACUUCGGGUAUAUCGUUGUUCACACAACCUGAAGAACUACCCGAAUUGCCCGCACCCGAUGAACGACGCCUGCGCGAAGCGGCCGCUGCGCUUCAGCAACGCCUCGUGCUGCGCAACUGGCUGGCGCGCCACGGUUUGCAAACCUACUUGGCCGGAUUGCUAACAGUAGGCGUCGCCCGAUUAGAAGACGCCUAUUGGCUCGAAGACAACAAAGCCAAACAGGUUUUCAAUAAGUACGUAUCUGAUUGGUCGACGGCUCGGCAAUCAUUGCCAACCUCGAAAACACAUUUGGACAGUUUGAAAGCCGAUCUUUGGUCAGAAGUGGUCAAAAGUAGCAACCAUCAGGACGCAUGGACAUGGGGUGGCAUGCUGGUCGUGUCAGUUUCAGUAGCUGGUCUAGUGACGUUGGCCGCCAUGACGCAACCGUCCCUAGCACCCGAAGCCAAACACACUUUGUUGCAAUACGUUACUGGAAAGUACUUGCAUCCUUCUAAUUGCAAGGUAAAUUUCCGUUGGAUCCAGCCUCAUCCAGUAGGCCGGACGACUUGUUUUUCCGUCAACUUUUAUCAACGCAACGGACAGCCUUAUCCAAUCUGUGAUACCGACAAUUUUAUUGUAGAUAUAUCAGGCGGCACAAGAAAGUUGAAUGUCAUAACUGAAUUGGGAUCGCCGACUGAUCCGAAUGGCGCUAACGUGGCCAAAGUCAAAUUUACCGUCCGUCAUGCUGGUCAAUAUAGAGUUUCAGUCAUGGUCAACAAUCAGCACGUCGCCGGUAGCCCGUUCUCAACGGUUUUCGUUGCCGGACCGGCGUACGCACAACGUACCGUCGUCGUACGUCACUGUAGUACCGUCGUUUGUACCGCAAAUGUUGCCCACCUUUUGUACAUUGAACCGCGGGACGAGUACGGUAACAUUUGUAAAUAUGAUUCACCCGAAAUUUUACCAACUGAAGGUUACACGGUUCAAAUAGCUGCCCUUGGCUUCGCUUCUCGUGAGAAUAUUCUAGAAUUAGCUGAGGAAAAAUACUCAAUUUCCUUGGAUUAUGAUUGGAUUACCCAUCGAGUCAGUGUCCAAUUGAAGUUUGUCAAAGAAGGCUGUUAUCGGGCUACAAUAAAAUACAAAGGCACCGAGUUGCACAAUGGAGAUUUCGACAUUAUUGUAUUGAAUAGUAUUGAUUCCACAUUAGUACAAAAAAACGUUGCAACGAAAAAUCACAAUAUUUGCUAUGACGCCAAGCUGCUUGGCGUUAAGGGUGACAGACUAACAAAACCCAAAAAGGUGCUUUGCUACGUUUCGCCCAAACAACUCAUCAUCAAGGAGCUGAUUUUGAAGUUUAUACCAAAGAGGUUGUAUACUUUUAGGCUGUGCCCUUCUACCAAAUUCAUAUUCCAAUCUGAAAACCUCAAACUAAGCGACAUCGGAGACUCCUUUCUUAUUGAUGAUGGUUGCCAGCCCAAAAUCGAACUUUAUUCAAAGGAGCGUAACGUCAUUGCAGCUACUUUUGCCCAAUUUCUAUUGAAAAACAUGGGCGGAUCAGAAACUUUUAAGGACAAACAGGAUUUCUUCUACCAUGAAGUGAGGAAAUUUCACCAGAAACACUACCACGAAAAACUAGCAAUGGAAGUUAGACGUGAUAAACUUCUAGAAAGUAGCAUGAAGGCAACCAAGAAUUUCUCGGUGACUGAUUGGUGCAAGAAUUUCGAAAUUACUUUUACAGGGGAACAAGGUAUUGAUUGGGGUGGUCUACGCCGAGAAUGGUUCGAACUGAUCUGCUCUCAGCUCUUUGACCCCAAGUACGGCCUCUUUGCAAGUUUCCACGAAGGUCAGCAGUCAUUGGUGCACCCUAAUCCGAACAGGCCUCAGAAUUUGAAGCUGAAACAUUACGAAUUUGCUGGAAGAGUUGUGGGCAAAUGCCUGUACGAAAGUGCCUUGGGUGGUUCUUACAGGCAACUGGUACGUGCCAGAUUCACCAGGUCGUUUCUGGCACAAGUGAUUGGCCUGAGAGUUCAUUAUAAAUAUUUCGAGCAAGACGAUCCUGAUCUCUACCUAACGAAAAUCAAAUACUUAUUGGAAAAUAACAUCGACGAAAUCGAGACUGAAGUACAUUUUGUUGAAGAGGAGUAUGACGAUACUGGACAAUUGGUUAGGGCGGUCGAGUUGUUACCAAACGGUGACAAUAUCCGAGUAAAAGACUGCGCAAAACAUCAGUACCUUGACGCACUAGCUCAGUACCGCUUAGCAACCCGCGUCAAAGAAGAACUAGAAGCUUUCCUCAAAGGCCUCAACGAACUAAUCCCCGACAAUUUGCUAAGCAUCUUUGACGAAAACGAAUUAGAACUCCUGUUGUGCGGCACCGGACAGUACAGCGCAGCGGAUUUGCGCAGUAACCACGUACUUAACGGUGACUCGGCGGAAUUCCGCCGGGUCGUCGGCUGGUUUUGGGCGGCGAUCGGCAACUUCACCCAAGAGGAAAUGGCCAGGCUGUUGCAAUUCGCUACCGGAUGUUCGCAAUUACCCGCAGGCGGAUUUUCCGAGCUUACGCCCAGAUUUCAAAUCACUGCUGCGCCCACUUUUGGGAAUUUACCUACUGCGCACACUUGUUUCAACCAGCUCUGUUUACCAGACUACGACUCCUACGAACAAUUCGAAAAAGCUUUACUGUUGGCAAUAAGCGAAGGCACUGAAGGCUUUGGAAUGGUGUAGACUGACUUUAGAAUUAAUUUUCCAUAUUGAUCUUUACCAAAAAUAGAUUUUGCUUCGAUUCUUUUUGGCAGAAAUUUUAUAUAAACCUAUAGCAAUAAUGAUUAUUUUGUAUUGAGGGCUGGUUUAUUCUCCUUCCGAUAAACUAGUUUAUCUGAAAAUGAAUAUACCAGGCCUAGUUGUGAUAACUUAUUUCUAGCUUUAAUUGAAACAGCUGUUUUUUGCACUGUUCGAGUAGCAUAUUUCAAUCAAACUUUAUUUAACAAUAACUUAAUAAAAAAAAUAAAACUUUACGGGUCUCUCCAUGUAAGCAGGCAAAAUGACGAGCAUAAGUUUUCCCAAAGCCCCAAAAGACAAUAAAGCGAUCCGUUUAGCUUUUUGGAGCCACUGACGUUUUAUUUCCACCUCCAACUGUUGGGAAACGUCCAGAACUUCCCUCUUUAAGGAUUCCUGAACUUCUUUGAGGGUGGCGCAGCUUUCAAUGUAGUCGUUCAGUUGGGUUUCCAGCUUUUCGGAUCUGAUUGAGGCGUUUUGGUUUUCUUGUUGCACGGAAAUCAACUGUAGUGACAGAUAAUUGUUCGCUUCCAGUUGUUUUUU